GAAGCAUAGUAGGUGAGAGUCAAACUCAGAUUUUUUACUUCCCCCUCACCAAAAAAAAGAAAAAAAAGUAUAUAUAUAUGAAAUUGAGCAAACGUUAAGACUUGACCGGGCUGCUUUCCAUACGGCUAUAAAAUGUCCAACAUCUAUGCAAAGUUUUCCAUGCACAAACACAAUAAUCCUACCUCCUCUCCUUGGGAAAUAUUGGGGGAUAUGGGUUUCCUUGAGACUCUUAUACGAAUCACUUGCGUUAGUGUGAUUUUAUCUGAAUUUGCAGUCGCAGUUGUAGGAUUUACUUAUCCUAUAGCGCGGCCAAACUGCUCUGACAGGUGUGGAGAUAUGAAAAUUCCAUAUCCAUUUGGCCUAAGAGAAGGUUGUUACCUAGAUCAUAAUUUUUUCGUCAAUUGUACCAACUCCUCCGAACCAUUCAUCCCUACACACAUGAUUGUUAAAAACAUUUCCCUCCAUGGCCAGAUUGACACCUUGAUGUAUGUAGCCCGUGACUGCUAUGAACAGGGUGUGAAGGAUUAUAAUAACUCCACCAAUCCGUGGCUUGCGUCGCCCCUCAAUUUCACCGUCUCUAGCACCCAAAACAAGUUUGUGGUUGUUGGUUGCGACACUGUUGCAUACCUUGUCGGUUACCAGCAAAAUGAAAGAUACGCCACCGGCUGCGCGUCCGUAUGUGAAAGCACUAGGUUCAUGGUCUAUGGGUCUUGCACUGGUGUUGGGUGUUGCGAGGUAGAUAUACCCAAAGGGUUGAAAAACGUUACUAUGGAAUCCCAUAGUUUUCAGAAUCACACAAUGGUAGAAAAUUUCAAUCCUUGUGGGUAUGCGUUAAUCAGCAAACAAGACACGUUCAAUUUCUCCAUUGAUUCCCUUCGCACUCUACGGGACCAACAAAUGAUGCCAAUGGUUCUUGAUUGGGCCAUCGGUAAUGAGACAUGUAAUGAUAUAGAGAACAAAUCGAAUUACAUAUGUGGAGAUAAUAGCUCAUGUCAAAAUUCCGAAGAUAGGUCUGGGUAUCGUUGCAAGUGCAAGGACGGUUACGAUGGGAACCCAUACCUCCCUACUGGUUGCCAUGACAUUGACGAAUGUGAAAACCCCAAUAACUGCAACCUCCUGGGACAAGAGUGUAUUAACUUACCAGGAAAAUUUACAUGUGUUUGUAUCAAGGGGUAUCAUUUGGACCAAAGUGCAAGAGUCUGUGUUACCAAUCAAUCAUCACUACAAGUUAAACUUUUGCUUGGUAAGUAUACCUACUGUAUUGCACCCUCACACAAUUGCAUUACUAUGCUUCAGGAAUUUGCACUAGAUUGUGUUGGCAUAAGCUUCAUAGUUAUGCUUGUCUGUAGCUCUUGGCUGUACUUGAUGGUUAAGCAAAGAAAGUUAAUCAAGCUUAGACAAAGGUUCUUUGAACAAAAUGGGGGUUUAAUUUUACAACAAAAACUCUCCAAGCCAGAAAAUUCAACUGCAACAGCGAAAAUCUUCACUACAGAAGAAUUGAAAAAGGCUACCAACAAUUACGAUGAAACUUUAAUUAUUGGCCGAGGAGGGUUUGGUACAGUUUAUAAGGGACUUUUGCUAGAUAAUAGGAUUGUGGCCAUCAAGAAGUCCAAAACAGUCGAUGAAAGCCAAAUUGAGCAAUUCAUUAAUGAGGUAGUUGUACUUUCCCAAAUUAACCAUAGGAAUGUAGUUAAACUAUUAGGUUGUUGUUUGGAGACACAAGUUCCUUUACUAGUCUACGAAUUCAUACCUAAUGGUACUCUUUUUGAGUACAUUCAUCACAAAAACAAGGAAUCCACUGUAUCAUGGGAAAUUCGUCUUAGGAUAGCUGCAGAAACUGCAGAAGCAUUAUCAUAUUUGCACUUUGCAGCUUCUCCACCUAUUAUCCAUAGAGAUGUUAAGUCUUCAAACAUAUUGUUGGAUAGUACUCACACAGCAAAGGUAUCAGAUUUUGGAGCUUCAAGAUUAGUUCCACUAGACCAAACACAAUUAGCUACAAUGGUGCAAGGAACUUUGGGAUACUUGGAUCCUGAAUACAUGCAAACAAGUCAAUUGACAGAAAAAAGUGAUGUUUAUAGCUUUGGAGUGGUCCUCGUAGAGUUAUUAACGGGAGAAAAGGCUCUUUCAUUUGAUAAGCCAGAGGAGGAAAGAAGUCUAGCUAUACGUUUUCUAUCUUUUUUGAAGGAUAAUAGAUUGUUUGAAAUUCUUGAAAAACAUAUAGCGAAAGAAGGGAAGGCCGGGCAAUUAAAGGAAGUGGCAAAUCUUGCAAAGAGGUGCUUACGAUUGAAAGGGGAAGAUCGGCCUACUAUGAAGGAAGUAGCAACCGAAUUGGAGGGUUUAAGAAAGAUGGAGAUGCAUUCAUGGGUCAAUGUUGAUUCCAACUCAGAAGAAACCGAAUUCUUACUCGGUGAGACAUCAGAUUCUUGCAAAUAUAAUGCUAGUAAUAAAAGUACUAAUGUGUACGAUAGCGUGAGAGACCAUGUAAUAUUUGACUUAGAUGAUGGGAGAUGAUCUUAGCUUGAUAGUGUAUGUUUAAUAAAUGUCGAAUUGUAAUGUGUACUUUCUUGUGUCCAUUUUUACUU